ACGGCAGCAGUAGAAACAGCAGUAAUAGGGAGUCAAAUCAACACGCCGCACACACGCACGCACCGUAACACCAUGCGUGUGUGUGUGUGUGUGUGCAGAGGAAGGGUGGAGCUGAGAGGAAGCGAGGGAAAGAGGGGGGAGAGGGAGUUAGGCCUUCGAGUGCGACUGGCAUAUUGGUCGCGGUCGGAUCGGCCGUGCUUAGUCGACGUGCUGCCGCCCUACACUGUGAUUGCUGCUGCUGCUGCUACUCCUCGGCCCGGGGCGAAGGACCGCACGCUUUUUACACAUCAACUGUAACAAAAAGAAACCCAAGGCUGGGUUUCUUUGUAGGUCUAUUGGGGACAGCACGCCUCCCCCCAAACAGAUUGCACAAAUUACAUCAAUUUCGCACAAACAGCACAUCAGAGGCGGAGGUGCAAAAACAAAGACCCUGAUUUCCCGGGCUUGUUUUGAUGUUUUGCCUGUCAAACGAGUGUUUUUAUUGUGUGCUUACGUGUGUGUGUGUGUGUGUGUGUAGGCACGAGCGCGCCUGUGUGUGUUUUUGUUUUGGCAAUUAAAGGACGUUCGCGGCUGCUCAACCCACUCAAUCAACCAGCCCGUGCAAAGUGCUCCAAUUUUUCUGCCGUUCUCAACUCACCCAGGUGUAUACUCUGGAUGCGUGCCAAAACCAACCCUAAGGGAGCGGUUUUGAGCAAAGAGCGAGUUGCAGCUGCGCAAAUUUGUGGACAACAAACUCCGUGCUGGAGACAUUCCUGCCGAGAGGAUAGGAAGGAGCGAAAUAGGAUAGCCCAGUGCGGGUACGAGACUUCCAGCAAGGGUUCUAGGAAAUGUCACGAGUCACCGGCGAAAGCAGCGCCAACGGUGGCGGUCCGCCCGUCCAAAAGCUGUCGCUGGUCGUCAGCGAGCAGGCGGUCGUGGAAGGAGCCACCGAGAUACUGAAGGUUAUCAGGCCUGACUGGUGUCGGGACAAUGUGCGAUUUAAGCUCUUCACCGACGGCAUUACUAACAAGCUGGUUGGCUGUUUCAAGCAACCGAUCGAAGGUGCGGACACGGCCGAGACGCCCGAGCCGGAGGACGUCGUGCUGAUACGGGUGUACGGCAACAAAACAGACCUGCUGAUUGACCGGCGUAAGGAGACGGAAAAUAUACAGCUGCUGCACCGGCAUGGGUACGCGCCCGCCCUGUACGCCACCUUUGCGAACGGGCUCGCCUAUCAGUACGUGCCGGGCGUGACGCUCACACCGGAUACCUGCCAGGACGAUGCCGUCUGGCCGCUCGUUGCCCGCCGGAUGGCCCAGAUGCAUCGGGUGCAGCCGGACGGUCCGACGAACCCAGAGCCCGACCUGCCGGCCAAGCUGGACCAAUUUCUGCGGCUCGUGCCCGACCGCUUCACCGACCCGCACAAGGACGAACGCGUGUGGAAGGUGUUCCCGAGCGUGGCAAAGCUGCGGAACGAGUUUGAGGAGCUGUAUGGCCGGCUGCUGACUACCGACAGUCCGGUCGUCUUCUGUCACAAUGAUCUGCUGCUCGGGAACGUGAUCUACGACGAGCGGCAUGCGCGCGUCACCUUCAUCGACUACGAGUACGCCGGUCCGAACCAUCAGGCAUUCGACAUCGGCAAUCACUUUACCGAGUUUGCCGGCAUUGACGAGAUCGACUACGGCCGGUACCCAACGCCCGAAUUUCAACGCCGCUGGCUGCGCGUCUACCUGCAGGAGUACGACAAGGGUGCGCCGGUGACGGACGUGUCCGUCCAGCGGCUAUAUGUGCAGGUGAACCAGUACGCGCUUGCGUCCCAUUUUCUCUGGUCGAUAUGGGCACUCAUACAGGCAGAACACUCCACCAUCGACUUUGACUUUGUGCAAUUCGGUGCCACUCGCUUUCUCGAGUAUCGCCAGCGGAAGGACAAUUUUCUAGCACUGCGUUGCGAAGACGAAUAAAGAAACUUGAAGCAAUAACGGGGGAAUUGGAAUUGUAUUGCCGGUUUCGAGGCGAAAUUGUCCAAGCAACCCAACGCCAACUUCACUGCCCUGGACAAACCAGUGUAACCUACAUCACAGACAGCAGGCUGUCCGUAAAUCGCCAUCCGUGUGUUUGCGUGUUUGAAGAAUACACCCCAAAUCUGCUUCGUCCACAAGCAAUCAUUCCCUUUUUAAACUCUUUUUAAAAAUCCUCACUAACUCUUCUCUGUCAUUGCCUCUGCAAAGUACAGCUUGUUUUGCACGUCAUGCGAUCGUUCCUCAAGACUCUCGUUGAGUAGUUUUAUAGAUUUACAAACAAUAAAAAAAAACGCAAUUCGUCUGCGCAGCACAUACGUCGUCCGUUCUGGCUGGAUGCGGUUGCGAUCGGGGCAAAAGCAAACCAAACGAAAGACUCAUUAGUUCCCUACGCAAUUCCCAGCCACGGAUGUGUCACGUCGUAUGUUAUCGAAGCGAAUCAACCAAAUUAGAGAGAGAGGAAGAGAGAAAGAGAGAGAGAGAGAGAGAGAAAGAGAAAGAGAGAGAGAUUUAGCAUAAAAUUAAUAAAACACACCGGCUAACAGAUCAAUGCACAUUGUGAGGACAGGCGUGUGCUUGUUAGUUCUGGUGGUACAUUCGUU